AUGAGUACCAGCAACCUAACUAAUUAUGGGAGACUCUUCCCUGACAAUUCCAUUCACUUUUUUCAUUCCUCCUAUAGUCUACACUGGCUUUCCAAGACUCCAGAUGCAUUGCAAGAUGCUGCUAUAGAACCAUUGAACAAAGGGAAUAUUUACCUAACAAGAGCAAGCCCUCCAGCAGUGCAAAAAACAUACUUUGAACAAUUUCAACAAGAUUUCUCAUUAUUUUUAAGAUCACGUUCGUCUGAACUGCUUCCUGGUGGUGCCAUGGUCCUAACACUUAUUGGCAGAGAUGAGCAAAAUGAACUUAUGAAUGCAUGGGUUGUCAUUGGCAUGGCACUCAAUGACAUGGCCGCACAUUCAACUUUACUUAAUGUUUUCUUUGUUAAUUACCUAACAAAACAAAACCGUGUAUGUAUGUGUUAUUUUAUUUGGUAUAUGCAGAAGUUGGUGGAGCAAUCAAAAUUGGACUCAUUUAACAUACCAUCCUAUUGCCCUACGUCUGAUGAGAUUAGAAAAGUGAUUGAAGAAGAAGGGUCUUUUGAUGUUCAAAGGUUAGAGACAAUUAGAACGGAUUGGGUGAAAAACGUCGAUGUGAUCGAUGAUGAGUACACUGUUGUUGAUGAAGAAACAAGGGCUGAGGGUGUAGCAAAGUUUAUAAGAGCUGUUGCAGAACCAAUUUUGAAGUCAGAGUUUGGAGAAGAAAUAAUGGAUGAAUUAUUCAUUAGGUUCAAAAAUAAGAUUAUUAAACUUUAUGGAGUUGAGAAAUUGGAGGUUGCAAAUUUAGUCAUGCACAUCACUAAACGUACUUGAAGCAUUCAUCAUCAAAGAGUUGACUUCUAUGAACAAUUUUCUAUUUUAAAUGUCGUUAUUAUUAUAUUCAUGAAAUUUGAUGUAA